AUGGAGCUCCCACCGGCCAAGAAGCGGCGGCAUCGCUUUCAAAAGGUCACGGAGCGCGUCACCAACCUGCAGCAUGACCUCACGCUCCACGCCAAGACCACCGGUGCCAUUGAAGAAGCGUCGCAGCUUUCGUUCCGAGAGGAGCUGGCGCUCCAAGCAGAACUCACGACGCUCGAUCGGUUCCAGCUCCUCUUCCGCAGGCUGCAGCCACUUGUGACCACGACUCCACAUCUGCUGCAUUACCUGGAGAAGGUGGUGACGUUUUUACAGACAGAGUUACAGGAAGCGCCCCAAGAGCAAGACGACCCUAUUGUACUGCGCCAGAGGCUUGUACCCGUGCUGAAGCUGGUCACAGCGCUGGCUCGAGAACUUGGCAAGGAGCUUUACCCGCACUUUGCUGCUGUCUUGCCGCUACUGGUGGACGUGAUUGAUACAAAGGACCCCGAGCUCAGCACGCAAGUGUUCAAGACGCUCACGAUGCUGUUUAGCUACCUACGCGUGCAGCUACUUGCAGAUAUGGACGCAGUUCACAAGUGCUAUUUUCCGCUACUUGGACACUCGAGAGAUUUUGUCCGAGACUUUGCAGCGCAAACGUUGGCAGUGCUAUUGAGACGGCUGGAGUCACCAAAAGCCAUGAAAAAGUACUUGCGCGUGUAUUUGACAGCUUUGGUGAAAGGAUCUGGACGCAGUCAUGACAAACUGCGCGAUGGAUCGGCCAAGUUAUUUUUUGCGCUGGUGAAAAAUGUCGGUCAUGGGUUCCACUCACGGAUGCGCGAAGUGCUGUUGUUCUUACUUGGUUCGUUCCGACCCAUCAGCGCCGAGAAAGAGGAGACGCUGGAGCAACUUGAGCAACAAGAAUCGAUAUAUGAAAUCGUCUACCAAACGUGCGGACUGAUGAUGAAGCACACGGACGCUGAGCAUUCGGGGGAAAUGCUGGAGUGUCUUGUGCUGGUGGUGAAUAAGGUGGUGGAACUGCGGCAUGCGGAGGAUGAGAUGCCAACAGAGGCUCAAGAUUUGUAUUUAAGUCGCGUGCUACGCGUGCUGCUUGGAUUUGUGAUUUCACGAAGAGGUCAAUUGAUUGCUGAUGCAAAUGAUGCGUGCAAAGUGCGCGUGCCCAGCAUCCACAAGAUUUGCACUGCACUGGUUAAUCCUGCUAAUAAAGUGUUUACAUCACAAAGCACAGCACUUCGAGAUGUACUCAUGGCCAUGUUCGAAGCAGUUUGGCGGCUGUUUCCUGCUGAAGAUGACGUAAUCUCUGCUCAGAUGAAGACCUUUUUUGCUGUGGCAGGAGAAAACGAUCGGCAGAGGUAUUGGUGCCACAAGCUUCUGGCAUUUGUGGACCAGGCGCUACACCAUAGCCACGUUAACGUGGGCUUUGUCGUUGAUUUUUUGCUUCCCAACGCCCUCGAAUACGCACUCAAGACUCUUUUGCAAAUUGAUGUGGUUGCAUUCAGCGAGUUGCUGUGUCAUCUUGGGGACUACGUGACAAAAUUUGCAAGUGAUAUUAGCGACGGUCAAAGCGAGCACCUUGUGCGCUCGAAAGCAAGUAGCCGGUCUUGGCUACUGUUACUAGAAGGUGUUGACACUAACGCUGAGGACACUCUUUUUGAUGCUGGCCGGAAGCUGUUUGAGCAUAGCGAAAAUGCUACCAACAGUGACAGUGUGGCUGCGAUCUGGAAAUUUUGCAAGGCGUUAGAAUGCCUGCAGUUGAUUGAUGCGGGAACGAUAAGUUUUACGACACCCUUGAUUGCAAAGCUUGAUCAGCGGUUAAUAAUACACGACGCUACUGUAUCGUUCACUGAACUCGCUUGUCUCCGUGCUGAGCUGUGGCUAUUGCAGCAAGCUGCUAAGCGCCACCAUAGCAAUGGCGCAGAUUCAGCAGCGAUGAAGGAGAAUGUGGAGCAAGCUCUACUUGGAAAUAAGGUGUCGUAUAAGACACUGUCGACGUUGUUGAUACUGAUUGAUAUGGAUAAUGGUGUGGAACAGCAUGCCGUUCUGACAGUCGAGUUGCUGUCCCAAGUGACAAACUCCCUUUUCGCUGCGUUGCGAUCGCCUGCGCAUGAGCUGCGUUUGGUGGCACUGCAGCUGCUGGCCCGAUUUAAGCGCCUGAGUUUUCUCGAUUCCGACAGUGGCUCUCUUAGUGGCCCGUGCAUUCUUCCGGACGUAUGCGUAAAUCUUGAGCUAGCGUGCGAAGACAUCGCUGUGGCUACGGAGCGCGAAGUGGUGCGCCUGCUGACACGUGUGAAAAUAUUUUGCCAAUCAUCUCAGACACCUGUGCUGUAUAAGGAGAUGGCAUUGAACCACCUGUUGGGUUUAUAUCACGUCAAAUUUUCUACGAUCUGGCCGCACGUGGCGGAUGCAGUGGAGUCUGUUUUGCGGCUGCACUUCAACGAGUGCUGGCCGUACGUCAGCUCAGAGCUUCUUGUAGCUUCACACCGGCAGGACGAAGAGGCGAAUGAAAAACAAAAUGAAGAGUUAAGCAACAAGAGCGCAGUUACCGCAGAAUUUGAGCGUGCGUGCAUGUUGGAACAGGGGAGAUUUCCUGUGUCAACUGCGACGGACGCCAUUACUCACCAUGCCCUGAUGUGGAAGGGGCUUACUAACUGUGCUGAUCUCGUGGAAUCGAAGACGAAAUUCAUGGUGCCGCUCUUCGUUACUUUUUUGCGUGACCAAUACAGUGUCAUUUACGUGAACGAGCUAGGCACGACGCGCCUUGACGAAAUCGAUCAGUCGCUUGCCAAGCUCGAAGAACUUAGUGGCAAUGGUGACUCGAAUACUCCUGAAUGGCGAAGACCAGUUGCGUUUCAGGGUUUGACCACUAAAGAAGUGCGGGGCAAAUUCGUGGAUCAACUAAAACUUUUCGCGGCAUUUCAGAACAUGAAGGGGGCUUAUGCACGGCAGCUGCUGCACGCUCUCUUCUUUGACCUACUGAUGAAGUCGGACGAGACGAUCUCGAAGCUAGCUUUGCAGUGUAUUUAUGCAUUCAGGAGCAAAGCGGUUGUGUCUUACAAACUGCAGCUGAACCGAUUGGCCGACUCGUCUUCGUUUCGCGAAGAACUUUCCAGCUUUGACAUUAAAGAUGGAGAGGGCGUAGUACUACGUGAACACCGCCCAGAAUUGCUGCCUGUGUUGCUGCGACUGUUGUAUUCAAAGUGUGUUAGUAAGAAGGGUCGCAACAACGGUGACACUGUGGCCGCACGUCGUGCUGCUGUUCUAGCAUAUCUGGCUGCUUUAGAGGCGUCUGAUCUCGCAAGCUUUGUGGAAUUGGUGGUGAGAGCCUUUGGUGUGACAAUCAAAAGGCUUGAGAGUGGAACUCCAGAAGCUUGUGUGAGUGUUGGUGCUGUGCAGCCUGCUGUUGCAGCCGCCAACGUGCAACCUUCGCGUAUCUUGGGUUUUUUGAACUUACUAGAGGACCUCAUCAAGCAGCUCGGUGUAAAGCUAGCUGUUUUUAUGCCCCAUAUUGCUGAUGUACUGCUGUCGAUUCUUCAGAUUAGCGUCGUAUCAAGCAAAGAUGGCGGUGACACAUUUACUGACUGUGUGACGGGAGAAGAAAAAGUAGUAUCUACGGUUGGCUCAAAGCGCAAACAGGGAGAGACGUCAGUCAAUAUGGAUACAAUGACCACAUCGGCAUCAAUGAAGAAGCAAAUUCGUAUGCUUACUUAUCACCGGCUGGCAGAGAUGGUUGACACGUUUGAUAGUCUGGUGCAUCUCCAGCCAUGGGUAGUCGCAGUGUUGGACGUGUCGCACGAGUCGAUUACGCACCUGCCAAAUGCAGUUAUCGGUGCUGACAAGACAUCAGCACUGCUAGAGUUACUUGUGUCGAUCGGUCGCGCGGAGCGAGCACGUCAGUGGAUUCCUGAACCCCUGAUACUUAGCGUGAUCUCGUGUUUGUCGGCAGGUUUGACACCAGCGAGUGCGUCGAUACCUGCAUCAACCCGUGGUAUAUCGCCUGAUAUCCUGGACUCAAUACUUCACUAUAUGGGCUCAUUGUUGGAUGGAGACGAGCGUUUACUUGCUGAACAAGGCCACAAUGAGGCGCCAGCUGACCCGACGCAUGAUGCGAAGGUUUUGUUGGUACCCCACAUUCCGUUUGUGUUGGGACAUUUUGUGCGCCGUUUCCAGGCAAAGUCUGCACGGCACGCAAGCGAUCAUUACGCAGGGUCAUCGCGCAAGGAACUUGCGUUUCUGUGCCGUUUGUCCCACCAUUUGGAUGCUUCAAAGAGGGACUUUGCGAGUGCUGCACACGACUUGUUUCAACUAUUGCUGCCUUUCUUAUUGCGCAACCAUCAGACAUCACCGGAAGACAAAGCGAAUUUGCUUGAGGUGUUGGCGCAUUUGGUCCCUAAGCUUUCGGAGCCCAAAAAGCACGUACUCGCUCUUGCGCGGUUGUUGGCUCCCGGUCCGAACAUUGUUGCUGAUCGAGAUCCACGACUGAAGCUUGUAGGUGUGUUUACCGCCCUCGGUGCACACCCUGCGCUCAAGGAGAUGUCUCCUGUGGCGGAAUCGCUGAUUGAGUUGAAUGCUUACGAUACCAAGCGCAUUGAAGAAACAGACUCUGAGCGUCGCCUGAUUGCAAUCAACCGUUUGAAUUCGACGCGUUUUGUCGGGUUUUCCACCGAGACUCAUUUGUUGGCUCCCUUGGUGGCGCAAUGUCUCCAAUGUAUGCAUGACGCUGAUUAUUCGGUACGUGGUGGAGCACUUGCGGCGCUUACGACUUUCCUGGGAGUAGCGGCUGAAGCUUCUGCGGGACUAAAAGAGCUUGCAGAUGCUACAAAGUCUCCCGCGCUCAAUGCGCUCGAGUCACUUGUGAUGCCCUGCAUUCGCUCGAGUCUGCGCUCGUCUGAUGAGAACACGCGACGUGGCUUUGUAGCGUUGCUGGGAUCAGUGGCAGACCAACACAAAGCAUUCAAGCAAUUUGCAUUCGUCCCAGCAGAUUUAGUCCUGCUGCGCAAUCAGGAGGAUCCUGAGGCUGAUUUUUUCUACAAUAUCACGCAUAUCCAAGCUCAUCGCAAACGCCGCGCGCUUCAACGCCUUCGUGCGCUUAUGGAUCUUAUCGCCUCCAAGACAAACGAUCAAGUGGAUAGCUAUGGAUGUGAGGAAUUGCCCCAACGGUUGUCGAACUCGACAGUGAAUAGUAUCGUUUUACCGCUUGUGCUGCACUUUGUCUACGAAGCUCACGCGAAGAGCCAAGAGUCUCUCCAGACUGAGGCAGCAGCGUCUGUGGGAAGUGCAGCUGGGCUUUUGGGCUGGUCACACUAUCUUUCGUUGUUGCGCAGACUGCUGAAGUCAAUUGAUGGACACGUUGAAGUAGAAGGCGCUAUCAUCAUGUCCAUUUGUGCCGUGAUUGAUCACUAUCACUUUGAAGCGCCCGGUGCUGCAGUUGAAUGGUCAGCGACGCCAAAUGGUUUAGAGCCAGCGGAUGUGAAAGCGAUUGAUGGUGACAAUGAAGAUGUAGGUGUCGAUGAUGUUCCGAGUUCUUCUUCAAAAAUUCAGGACAAGAUGGUGACGCAGGUACUUCCGAUGCUGUACAUGUACUUAUUUAAAAGUGCUGCGUCAAAGAAGAAUGUCAAGACAAGGGACAACGACAGCGAGUCGUCACUACCCUCUAAUGAAGCAGUAUCGGUACGUGUACCGCUCGCUUUGGCGGUCGUAAAGGUGCUGCGUCGACUACACGUGGAAACGUUCCAGCGAGAGUUACCCAAGUUGUUAGUGAAGUUCGCAAAUUUGCUGAAGAGCAAGGAUGAGGCUGUGCGAGUUUCCGCUCGCACUACGCUCGUUCGAAUCGCUGUCGAACUCGGUGCAAAAUUCUUGCUUCCGAUUGUGGAGGAACUUCGCCACACGCUGCGCGAUGGAUACAUGGUUCACGUCCUGUCGUUUACCGUGCAUGCGUUAUUGGAGAAAUUACCAGAAAUUGUUCAGGUGAAGGGACAGUCUGGAUUUCUUCGCAAACCACGGUCGUUGCUGCUUGCGGAAAAGCAGGAUCAAGAAUCCGACAGCGAGACUAAAUCUGCCUCACCUUUGGAUGCUUGCAUACCGAGCAUUAUGGAGAUUCUAGUUGCUGAGCUGUUUCAAGGCAUGACGACCAUCAGCGAAGCAGCGGAGGCAGCCGCUGGCGGUGUGGAAAGUAGGUCUGCACAGAAGUCUAAGAUGAAAGAGGCACGCUCGAGCACUGGAAGGAGUCUAGACUCUCUGGAGCUGCUGGCAAGAUCGUUACCCUUUUUACCUAAUCCGGGUAUUCACGACGUAGUGAGUGCGCUUGUGAAACGCUUUCAAGCCACAGAUGCCGGUGCUCAAGCUACUGCCGCUCUUCAGGAGGCUCUAAAGCGCAUUGCGAUGGGGCUUUCACAGAAUCCAUCGGUGGAGUCGUCCUACAUGUUUCUGUACACAUACAAUGUUCUCACGUCGAGUCUUGAGAGUCUGCGCCCUACUACCGAGCGAGAAAAAGCACAGUAUGAACCGGAUGGCAGCACGACUUCGCUCGCGACCUCGUGGCUCGUGUCCGAGAAGAGCGCGGCAGCUACAAAGUUUCUCGCAGCUCGAGUAAAGUCGCAGGAUGUUUUUCGGGUUACAAUGCAGCAUCAAGUCACAGGGUUUGACAAGAUGCGUCAGCAGCAACAAGGUAAAACAAAGAAGCAAAGACGUGAAGAGAUUGCUGCUCUCUUAGCUGAAAGCACCGCACAUGUCCGAGAGCUAUUGAGCUUUGCUGUAUUCAUGAUAUUCUCCUUUCUCCGCAAGAACCGCAGCAGCGAGAACCACCAUACGGAGGACGGUAAAGCGCAAUGCGAUGUCCCGUCCGAGCUUGUGAGUCCGCUGGUGCCGCUGCUGAUGCGCUGCAUUGGUGAAUCGAAAAAUGACCGUGCUAUUAUCAAUGCGCUUAAGUGCCUCGGCUUACUGCUUCCUCGGCAAGAAAAGCUGCCAGCAUUACAAGUGGCUCGUGCAGCACUUCUCGAUCGGCUGUUCAAGAUUUUGCAACAGGCGGGGGCUGCGACACACAAUGAGAUGGUUCAGACAUGUUACCGCACGCUCACGGCACUCCUGAGACAUCAGCAAAGGUUAGAGUUUGCACAAGAGAACGGGAGCGUGCCGAAGACCUUGAAAAACGAAAGCCUCCGGCUCACGGAAUCGCAACUUCGUGUGCUCCUAAGUUUCUUGCGUGCAGACCUCGAGGAGCAAGACCACCAGAAUGCCACGUUUGCUCUAUUGAAGACCAUCGUGAGUUCUCGUCUCAUUGUGAGCGAAGUGUAUGAUGUGAUGCUACGUGUCGGUGAGCUGCUGGUUCAAAGCGAUAGUCCCGGUGCACGGCUGAAUUGUGCGACCAUCUAUCAAAGCUUCCUGCUUGAGUACCCUCUCGGAAACAAGCGACUCUCCCGUCACCUCAAGUUCUUGGUUGACAACCUGAGCUACACGCAUGCUACAGGACGCGCUGCUGUACUUGAAACGCUUCGGUCUCUUCUUUUGAAGCUCCCGCAGGAUCUGGUGAAUGCUCGCGCCCAAUUUUUCUUCCUGCCGCUUGUACUGCGACUGGCCAACGAUGAAGCUUCUGAAUGUCGCGACGUCGCUCGAACCGUGCUGGGUGCUUUGGUGCGUCGAAUGGGCAACAAGGAACUGAACGAAAGCAUUUUGCUGGUCGGCACGUGGUGGGCGCAGACUUCGAAUUCGGAGGCUGCAGAUGCAAUCAAGCUGUUAGGGACUGCGGCGCAGGUGACUACGCUCAUGUUGAAGACUCGACCCGAGUUUUUCGAACGCAGUGCGCCUCAGGUGCUGCUUGCGGCGCGUACGGCGCUUGAGCGUCGUUUUCAGGAGCUUCAGACCGUUGAAGACAGCAAUGAAGUGCGAUGGCAGCCGACGUACCAUGUUUGCGUGGCAGUCACUGCUUUCAGCGAUCACCUUGCUGGUCCAUACGAGCUGUGGUUGGAGGGAGAGAAGGCGACUAUGAAUUUUCUGGAUGCUGUAGUGCUGCCGCUGCUGCAGUACCCUCAUGCGUGGGUGCGUCUGGGUGCCACCCGGUUAUUGACUUCAUAUCUGCGUCGUCGCCUUGCAAGUACGCUUGCAUAUGCAGCUCCUGUUAAGCGUUUGCCUAUGGAUGCUCUCGAGCGUCUGCGUAAUGGUGCAUCCUAUCUGCAGCGUCCCGGGCGUCUAUUUGCUUGGGCUAGUGCGUUUUGCAAGUUGCUGGAAGCCCCGGCACUGAGUGACGAGUUGGCAGGUGAAGUCCUCACAGCACUGCCGUUCUUGUGUGAUGCGCUUGAAAGCACGGACAUUCCACAGGAUGUGACUGACGCGUUGGCUGACACAAGUGUGACCGAUGAAGAAGAUGUCGAGCCUAGUGUCGACACUGAAGCUGCUAAUGAAAACGUAGUGGUCGAUGAUAAAGGUGCAGGCGAGACUGACAAGGGAGAUGACGAAACGGAAUUGCAGCGACGGGAAGAGCAAGAGAGGCACGAUGAGCGACUCAAGUCUCGCGCGCCAAUGGGCUGGCUGCUUACUCGACUCUCGUACAUAGCUCGUGGCUCGAGCUGCAGCAACGAGGUUCAAGUUGUGGUGUAUAAGCUCUUUGCUGCCCUCUUGCACAGUCACGACGCUGCGUUUGCUGAAAAGUACGUUAUGCAGAUGAUCAACCCGCUGUUCCGUGCGACGAGGAGGCUGGACGAGCUCCAGAUCCAACGAGAGCAAGAGACCCUUCAUCUGCAGCAGCGAUUUCGCCACAAAGCUCGGACAAGUGGUGCCUCGCUGGCCUCUGUGACUCCGCCGGCGAGUGCACUGCUGGCCCAAGAAGUGCUGCAGAUUCUGGAGCAAAAGCUGGGCGCGACGUCGUAUUUAGAGGCAUACGCUUUCGUGCAGAGGAAAACGGCAGCAGUCCGCAUUGCACGCAAGCAGCAGCGUCAAGCCGAAGCUGUCUCCGAUCCUUGUCUGGCUGCUCAGCGGCGGAUACAAAAGAAUGCGCAGAAACGCCGGACAAAACAACUGCGCAAACGCAAGUAUGCGGUGCUGAAAGGCUCGACCUCAGCAGCUGUGCGUCCGACAAAAGUGUUUCGUCCUGGUGCCGAGUAG